ACUACUACUAGUAAUAUUAAUAAAUAGUACUAUUAUUUUAUUUUUAGUAUUUGUAUUACUAAUCUUAACCAUAAACUUAAAACAAUUGUGCGGAAAUAUGUACUAGUGCCACUGGGAAAUAAUCGUAGAGGGUUGCUUAUCUUUAAUCCUGCCUUCUAGUUUUGGAGUAAUUUAGCUCUUACUUCAGAAUGGAUUCAUUAAGUAGUGGAGGGAAACUUUCUGGUGCUCAAAGAGAAGAGCUGAUGGACCAAGUUAAACAGCAAAUAGCUGUUGCAAAUGCACAAGAACUGUUACAAAAAAUGACAGAAAAAUGCUUUAAAAAGUGCAUAUCCAAGCCAGGUACUAGUUUGGACAACUCUGAACAGAAAUGUAUAUCCAUGUGUAUGGAUCGAUAUAUGGACUCAUGGAAUCUGGUAUCAAGAUCAUACUCCAACAGGAUUCAACAAGAAAGAGGACACAUGUAGAAGAUAAUAAUAUUUAGGGAUCAUAUUAUUGUAGUAAAAUUUUACUGAACUUAAAAAAUAUCCACUUGAGAAUGUGACACCUAAUAAUAAGGGAAUGCAAACUUCUGGUAAUUUAAAAAAACUUUGUAAUAAAAUUUCAUACUGAC